AUGCUUCUCAAAGGGACCUCUGUUGCCUUUCUUCUCGUUUCGCUUGUCGCUGUUGUCGCAAACUUGAUUCCUUCGGAGUCACUGGAUUUGCAGCAUGCCAGAAGCGAAAGCAAGGACUCCUUGUCUUUCAUGGGCCCUCGACCGCUGCAUGACACGGCUGUGGUGAUUCUGAACACGAUUGAUGGAGGAAUUUUUGCUCUUGAUGCCUCUACAGGAGCAUUGAGGUGGACCAAGUCAUCGGGGGAAGCAGUUGCACGAGCAUCUCCGAGCUUUGGAUAUCAGGAUAAUGCGAAUACAGACGGAGAAUCAGAGGCAGUCGGGAACCAAGGUGCUGCUGGAGGAAAAGAAACCGUCUCAAGUGAAGGGGAGGAUGCCAGUUCGUCGGAGAACAAAACGUAUGGGUCGGAGUUGUUCCAUCAGAAUCCUAUGGACGCAAAUUGGAAGUUUCAGCAGGAAGAAGAGUCUGACUUUGACAUCAUCCCGCUCUAUGCACCGGGAGGUGGCUUGCUCACAGUGUCGAAUGGCGUGAUGGAGCCCUUCGGGUUGCGUGCAAAUGAAAUAGUCGAUCAGUCUCCGUUUGUUGACAACGGUGUGGUGGUGGUUGGCAGCAAGAGCACCAAGUUGUAUGCUAUAGAUCCUGAGACAGGUCAGACCUCAUGGACGCAUUUCGACAAAGUGGAGGAUGAGCAAUGCAAUAGCGCAAACCCCGAUGCAGACACACUGAUAAUAACUCGAUCUGAAUACAGCUUGAAGGUCAGAAACGCUAAGACUGGUGCGCAUAGUUGGAAUGUUUCUAUCGCCGAAUUUCGAGCCCACGGUCCACAUUCGAAGCAUGAUCACUUCAAAGGUGUUCAACUUCCUGUGCUCGUCAGUGGCAGCAGAGUGGGUGGAAAAGAAAUUCAGUGUUAUGACUCGCGGUCAGGAGAACUCCUUUGGAUUUACAGCCUCCCUUCUACUGCGAUCUGUGCGCAUGUAUGGGAGAUGCAGCAUGCAUUGGAGUUGCCUCUUUACGCGGACGAGGACGUCCUGAUGAGAAGCCCAGGAGGGUUGAAAGUAGGAAGGCAUGGAGGAGCGCUGUUUGCAAGAGUGACUCCUCCACCGAUGAUUCCACUCCUUGUUGCAGAGAGUGUUGAAAAUACAGCGAAAGAUCGCUACGGUCUCGAGCCGCCAAGGGUUGGUGGUUUGAUGCCAUCCGAUCCAGCAAGAGGAAGUGAAGUCAUCUCGUUGCAGGAUUCUCUCGCUGAAAAGAACGAGCAAGGGAUAUUUGUCACUGGAGCUCUUGUGCGGAUGAGCAGCGAUCUGUCUGAACCUGCAGCCAAUCCUUGCAGGAAAGGCUCCAAGGACUAUCCGCAAUGCCUUGUGGGUUCAUAUGCAGUGCGAGAAGACGUUCGUGAGAUGCUGAACUAUGGAAUGAAGCGGAUUGACCGUCCGCCACAAGAUGUCGAAACGAAAUGGGAUGAGCGUUUGGAUCCCAGAUUUGGAGCUCAAGGCAUUCUGUCCGGGUCUGAAUCUGUUUUCUUGGCGAGCCCGCGACGCCUGGGCUAUUCUGAAUUCUCAAUCUUCAUUGCUGCCGUUGGCCUCGUGUGGCUCGGAUGGGUGUUGAGAAACGUCUUCGAUCGGUCCCCGUAUCCUAGAGAAUCGGAUGUUUCCAACAGCGACCUCCGUGACAUGUGUCCUCUCGACGAGGUUCCGCUCAAUGGGGGAGGAGAGAAUGCUCUUUCCAAGGCCACCACUGUCGGGGAUUUUCCUGCGGCCGAGACCGAGAGCGAUGCCUCCGCUGCAUUGAAGUCCAUGAGUAACCAGGACAGCUCAGAGGAGGAGGAGGAGGAUUUCGACUCCGAGCCCUUCAACUCCAGCGCGGACGUGGUUCGCACUUCCUCAAGCCAGUCCGCCAAGGCGACUCAGUCCAAGAUCUCAGCAGCAUCCACUAAGGCAGCUGCGAGCAACCCUUCGCACAAGCCUAAGCUUUUCAUCCCCACGUUAGGAGGGGACAUGCUGCGGUAUGGCUGCGCAAGUACGUUCGAGAGUCUUUGCCAGGACAUCGACGAUGAGCGAGUGUCAGGCAAGGCUAGAGUGAGAGAUCUGUCAAGAGAAACCUCCGACGAAGACAGCUCUUGGGACGAGUCGAGGCUUAGAAACAACAGCUGGGACGAUGACGAUAGGAGGCAGCGAAGCAUCAGCCUGGGCUCGAAGUGGAGUGUGCAGAAGGAUCUUGAUGAAGUGAUGAGGUCCGAGUACUCCAAGGCGACCAAGACGGCCAGUGCUCCCAACAGCCCGAAGAUUCCUCCUGCAAGCCCAGGUUUCUUUCGGCAGAACCAGGAGUCUCGAUACACCACCGACUUCGAGGAGCUUGGCAAGAUCGGCAGAGGAGCGUUUGGAUGCGUAUUCCGUGUGAGGCAGCGCCUGGACGAGCGAGAGUACGCGGUGAAGAAGAUCCGACUGGACAAGGACGAGAAGAGCGCAGAUAACCAGCGGAUCAUGCGAGAAGUUCGUUGCUUCUCCAUCUUGAGCGACCACCCCAAGAUCGUGCGUUACUACGGGACGUGGCAGGAGACGGAGAUGCCGAGCCCCAAGGACAAGUCGCUCGGCGACAGCGGGUCGUUGGCUGACACGACGUGGGACGCGUCUUCCAAUCUGUUUGGAGAAGAAUCGGAUAUGACCAAGAUGUCUUGCUGCGAGGAGCCCGUGAACUGGCUCUACAUCCAGAUGGAGCUGUGCAACACUUCGUUGCGGCAGCUGCUCAACUCGGAGAGGUGGGAGGUGAACCUGGAGGUGGUGCGGAGUCCUGAGCUGGAGCACAGCGGGAUCUACAACGAGAUGGUGGACAUGUACGCGCUGGGGAUUGUGACGUUCGAGAUGCUUCACAGUUUCAAGACGGGGAUGGAGAGGAUCAAAGUGAUAGAGAAGCUCAAGAGCUCGAUGUGCUCCCCUGCCGCCUCUGCCUUCGCUGCCAUGCCCAUGGACUCCGUGUUUGGUCCCUUGACGAGGCGACGGAGGGAGUGGAAGGACGCCAACGUCAGCGAGGCGAUCGCCAAGAUCGCGCUUCCGCAGGAGCUGUUCGACCUGCAGAAGGACUAUGAGUUUGAGUUCCUCCUCAUCCUCCGACUGCUGGGCGAGAAGCCGAGGACGAGGAUGACGGCCAAGCACAUGUCGGACCUCCUCCGGAUGAAGGUGCAGGAGGCUGAGCACGCAGACAAGUUCCCUUGGGCUGACGCGCAUCUGCGGCUGGAGAAGACAACGUCAAUGUCCCCCAAGCACGUGGCAUCUGUGGGGGACCUGCGGAGUCUGAGCAAGUCGGAGCGAGGGACGCGAGUACAGACGUCAUGGAGCUGA